AUGCUGCAUGGUCUCUGUCGCGUGAAGCAUGUCUCCACAACAUGUGCGGCCGGCGUCUUUGUCCCGGUCCUGCGGCGCAAUCUCCUAACACUUGCCAUCGAAUCCUCCUGCGAUGAUACCUGCGUGGCUAUCCUCUCAAAGUACGGUUGUGCUCAGAGGUUAGGCUCUGGAAAGACCACCUUACACUUCAAUGAAAGAAUUACGGCCAAAAAUACUGGCAAGGGCGGUAUUGUCCCAGUUGAGGCCUUGAAGAGCCACGAUUUACACUUGGCCAAACUGCUGGAGAGGGCUCUGCCGUCACUGCCAGAGGCUUCUGGUCAUUUACCCGACUUUCAGAAGCUUCAUCUCCGGGAUGGAAGCAUCAGGCAGAAGCCAGACUUCAUUUCCGCUACACGCGGCCCCGGGAUGCCGGUCAAUCUAGCGGUUGGCCUGAAUACUGCAAAAGCACUUUCGGUAGCGUGGCAGAUACCAAUGGUGGGAGUCCAUCAUAUGCAAGGACAUGCACUGACGCCCAGGCUUGUCAGCGCACUACACAAAGACGAAAAGAGUGUGAGAGAUGCAGUGAAACCCGAUUUCCCGUUUCUGACCAUGUUGGUUAGUGGCGGUCAUACGAUGCUUCUCUACUCGAAAGGGUUAGUGGAGCAUGAAAUUUUGGCCUCGACCACAGAUACUGCCAUCGGGGAUGAACUGGACAAAUGUGGCCGUCUUAUACUGCCCAAGAAAUUGCUGGAUAGUACACCCGACACUUCCUAUGGCAAAUAUCUUUCAGCAUACGCAUUCAAGACUGCGGAUGACUAUGCAGCUUGGGAAAUUCCUCGCAGUCGUCAAGAAGAGGUGGAAAAGCCAUUGAACAAAUAUGGAUGGAACCUGGUCCCUCCCCUUUCCAAGACUCGUACGCUGGCCUACAGCUUUGCAUCGAUUGCGAGCCAGGUCAGAAGCGUGCUCCUAGCCCGUCAGAACCAAAUGGACGAAGAGGAACGCGUGCUGCUUGCCCGGUCGGCCCUAGCGACCGCAUUCGAGCACUUAGCCUCUCGCAUGAUUCUUGCCCUUGAGACUCUUCAAAAUCAAGGUGUUGACAUUUCUACACUGGUGGUGAGCGGAGGGGUUGCAGCCAACGACUUCCUCCGGUACUAUCUGCGAAAGACGCUCGACCUACGAAACUUUGAGCACGUGGACCUUGUCUUUCCGCCUGUGGAACUUUGCACAGAUAAUGCGGCCAUGAUAGCGUGGGCUGGGAUGGAGAUGUUCAAAGCUGGUUAUCACACAGACCUUGGAUGCACCCCUGUCAGGAAAUGGAGCAUGGAUAGUCGGAACCACGACGGAGGCAUACUGGGUAUCGGAGGAUGGCUCAGAGCGGAAGAUGCAAAUCUGUCUGGCUAA